GGAUCGCGUUGAGAAGGCUGUUCGGCCAUACAAAUGCAUAAGAAGCAUAAUGUGAGGGUUACACACUUGAUUAAUCAAACAGUCCAUUAGUUAGUAACCUCAUGAAAAUGCAGUUGAUGUCCAGGGCCGUUGUCGUGGUGGAGCCACAUCACUAAAGGCGACUCGUCACUUAAAGCCAUGAAUGGGCUCUUUUCAGAGGUGAAAUCCAUUGAAGGUUGCUGCAGACACACAGCCUGAGGAGGGGGGAGGAGGGAGGGAGGAGGAUUCAACUCGGCGUGUCGCUCCCACCCAUCCCCCAUUUAAGGUCCCGACCUCCUGCUUCUGUUGCAAUGAAUAGCAUCAAGUGAAAGAAAAGUGGGGGGGAGAGACAAACCCCGGGAAAGGUUUAUGUGCUUCAAAAUAAAAGCCUAAAUGCGUCUCAAAAUGGUUAAGGAAAGCCAGUUAACGUUAAUACACGACGAAGAUUACUUGCAUGUCUUUUGUAUGAUUUCUUAGAGAUUGGCGAAACAUUUCCCCCUUCCAUCACAAUAUGGUCAUCAAGGUCGAGAGUACAAGCACACACGAGAUAUCUUGGAUUUACUUGCGUUAGCGUGAUAAUUACCGAAUGUGUGCAUUUGUGUGUAAACUGCAUACAUUUCGUAACUAAAUUAUCCAAUUAUCCAGUUUUUACAGAAAUGCAUACUUCUACAACGCCAUGGUCCAUUUAAGAAAAAACAAGCGCGAUCGCUCACUGAUCCGUGAGAAUACAAUCCGGACAAAGAUAUAAAAAAGAACCAAAAAUAAAAUGAGAACAGAUGAAUAAUACAUUGAAAGUCUUAUGUGAAUAUGACAGAUGAGCGUAGCAAUUUGCUGCAUGGUUUGAAACGCAAAAACAUUUAUCCUGAUUCCGUCAGACCAAAGAAAAUCAAAAUAGGUCACAAAAGCUACACACGCAUCCCCCCCGUCAGCAUUUAAAUUAAAAAAUAUUUGCGUGAAGAAACUGCAGAUCUUCACAAUGACCGCCAGAGGGACAAAUUGACGCCUCGGGUGAGUUUUAUUUUUUACACUUUUUUUACCGGAAGUGCGUUGCCGCUGCGUCGAGCUUCGCAGCACACACUAUUGAGCUCGGCUUUCUAUGUGAUGACCCUAGCAACGCGUUGUGUUUUCCACCUAAAAAAUGCGGCGUUACAUUCGUGCACUGGUGUUGUGCACGGUGUUCGCCGUGUUUUCGGGCUUGUAUGUUUACAGUAAACUCUUUUACGCGGAUGUGUCGCUCGGUGGAAACGGACCAAAGAGGGGUUUCAUCCCACCGAGAGUCCCCGGAGGACGGCGAGGUGCUGCGGACAAAACCGGGCACCAAAACCCGCGCUGGUACAAUAGGUACAUCAUGCGUCAGUCGGAGGCGGCCGGUGGUGGCAGCAGCGUUCAGAGCAGACCAGAACCCCCCAUGCAUCUGGCCGUGGUGGCCUGCGGGGAGAGGCUGCAGGAGACCCUCACCAUGAUCAAGUCUGCCGUGCUCUUCAGCAUCAAGCGUCUCCAGCUGCACAUCUUCGCCGAGGAUCAGCUUCACGCCGGCUUCGCGGAAGCUUUGGAGUCGUGGCCCGGCUUUAUUCGCUCCAGGUUCAGCUUCACCGUGUACUCCAUCAGCUUCCCCAGUGAGAACGCAGCAGAGUGGAAGAAACUCUUCAAACCCUGCGCCUCCCAGAGGCUCUUCUUACCCCUGAUCCUGAAGGACGUCGACUCGGCCGUGUACGUCGACUCGGACAUCCUCUUCCUGCAGCCCGUCGACCGCCUGUGGGCGUUCCUGCCCCAGUUUAAUUCCUCCCAGCUGGCUGCCAUGGCCCCGGAGCACGAGGAGCCCCGCAUCGCCUGGUACAACCGCUUCGCCCGCCACCCGUUCUACGGCAGGACGGGCAUCAACUCGGGCGUCAUGCUCAUGAACAUGACCCGGAUGAGGAACGUGUACUUCAAGAACGACAUGACGGGUGUGGGGCUGCGCUGGGAGGAGCUGCUGAUGCCUUUACUACAGAAAUACAAACUCAACAUAACCUGGGGCGACCAAGACCUUCUCAAUAUCAUUUUCCAUCACAACCCAGAGUGCUUGCUGGAGUUUCCGUGCCAGUGGAACUAUCGGCCGGAUCAUUGCAUCUACGGCAGUAACUGUGCGUCAGCGGAGGAGGACGGCAUCAACAUACUGCAUGGAAACCGAGGGGUCUUCCACGACCACAAACAGCCUGCGUUCAGGGCGGUUUACGAGGCCAUACGUAAGUACUCGUUCGGAGCCGACCCGGUGCCGUCGCUGCUGGGCCCGCUGGAGGAGGCGCUGUUGAAGACGACAAACACUUACUGCGGCAAAUCCCACGAGCUUCUCACCAGGAGACUGGCCCGCAGCCUGGAGAACGUCCAACGCGGCGAGGCCCGCGGGCCCGGGAGGAGCGCCUGAGCUCGGUAACCGGCGAGAACGUGCGCAGUUGGCUCCUCGUCCCGCUGAACGGUUCCUGUGGCAAAAGGGCUGCAAGCAGGUUCAACAGCUGCUCCGUAGAAAGCGUCGGGAUCGUUGCUCUGCUGCUCUCAGCUUGCUCUCCGUCAGAGCAUGAGCUAAAUGCCUGAAACGUGCUCAUGUUAUGACAUAUGGACAUUCCGUUUAUUCCAUGUUUCCAUUACAGACUUUUGCAACCUUUUUUAUAUUUUAUUGACAAACUGGGGAUUUUUAUUUAGGUCUCUUUUCAGCGCCUUGUGGUUGCUGACACAAAGGCAAAUAAUCCUUACGAUGCAAAACACCUGUUUGGAAAAGCUGCUCUUGACUUUCCAUAUUGGAGAAUUCACUGAAGAAUAAAAGAAUCAUUUGAGAACUGGACAAAGGUGUCCAACAGGGAACAUUUUGACAGAUGUAUGCACAGGCCCUUUUUUUCCUUUUUUGAGCUUCAGAAACCACUGAAGCACCAAAAAACCCAACACGCUCCAGAGAACACGCACCGAGUGUUGAUAACUUCUGCGUGUGGUUAGAGGCGAAAACGAUGGGGUCUCCUGUGGGUUUGUGCUGCUCGGUUGUUUUAUCUGUUACACAGAUGACCUCGACCCAAUAUAUAAAACGAGGGGCCGACGUUUACGAGGUGCGAUUGUGUCGUGAGUCGGUCGGGACUCGACACAAACAACUGUUUUGGGUUUUACACAUUUCCUGAUGUUAUUUUGGACAUGUUUCUGUAAGUAAGUUUGCAGUACAAAGCCAGGAUACAUAAUGUAGAACAAAAAAAAAUACUAAUGAGAAUAAGCUACAUUUCCUCUAAUGCCAAAGCAUCUUUUUUUAUGGGUUUUGAACCAUUGAAUGUAUUUCGAAGGCCAAGGACUGACAUGUAUAUGAUCGGUCCUCAUGACGGUACGGGUGCUUUGUUAAAGACGGCCUUUGUGACAUGUUUACCUCUACAUGAGUCAUGUGCUGUUUGUGUCUGUAUCCAUGUCUGUUGUUUUUACAUUAAAUAUCAUUGUGGUGGAUCUGUA